AUGAAAACCGGAGGGUUCAUUAUAUUAAGAGCUGACUGUAGUUGGUAUCAAUAUAAAUUUCAACAAAAUUUAAAAAAUUGGUCUAGUGGAAAUCAUGAAGUUGAUAAGUUGAUUCAAAAAGUACAACCUAAAGCUAAAGAUUAUAAUGAAAUAUUAGGGUGGAUUGAAUAUGGUAGAUUUGAAAAUGUUGAAUUUUUAGCCAAAGGAGGAUUUGGAACUAUUUAUAAAGCAAUUUGGAAAGAUGGAUAUAUAAGAACCUGGAAUUCUAAAAAUAAUCAAUGGAGAAGAAAGAAAGGAAGUAAAUGUAAGUUCGAACAAGGACAAGUUUAUGGAGCAGAAGACGACAAUUUGAAUGAAAACAAGAAGCGUGAGUGA